UCCGGUGUCAACGGCUGCAAAUGCAAAACAAACAUUUUGCGAAGUUUCGGAGAACAACCAACAUUAGUUAGCUAACUAAAGAAGUAACAUUACUUGCAGACCAUUUUUUAACCAAGGAAGAUGUCUGUGCCUUUCUCAAACACUCACCUCCGUGUACCACGUGGCUUUGGCAACAUCUUGGAGGGGUUGGCUAGAGAAGUGUUGAGAGAUCAACCUAAGGACAUUCCUACCUUUGCUGCACAAUACUUCACUGCUCGUCUCAAAGAGAGAAAUGAGAGUGGCUUGGAUCCUGCUGAGUGGUGUGCCAGGCUUGAGGACAGAUUCUACAACAGUCAUGCAUUCAAGGACUCACGAAAUCAAGUCAACACCAGGUCAGCAAAUGAUGCACAUCUGAAUAUAUCUGAGAAAAAUACUAAUUUGACCAAAUCCCAAAUGGAAAAUGAAACUGAUUAUACCAGAUCAGAUGGGGUUCCAACUCCCACAACCUCCAAACUUGAUGUCUUUGAUGAUCUGCAGGAAACUGAAAGUCAUGCAAUAGAUGAAAUGGACAAUAUCACAGAUGAAUAUGUAAUCGCAACGCAAUUUGAUCACUCCUCAGAGAUGUCAAGCGGGAGGCAGUCAGAUAUGGAUGCAGACUCUGAGGAACACAGUGAAAAAGAGGACAUAAUGGAAGAGACGGCUGAUGUAUCCAGUAGAGUUAACAUGACAGGCGGUGAGAUUAAUGAAAGAGCUGACAAAGAGGUAUGCCAGUCUGAAUUUGAGCCCUCUCAAGAGAUUUUACACAGUGGACUUUCAAGUUUGGAUGUAUGUGCUCAAGAAUUGAGGCAGACUGAAGUGAAAGAAGAAACAUCUUGUUAUGAAAUCAGCAGUGGUGAUAAAGAGAUUCUAGAAAUCUCCAAUAAAGUGAGCCACAGUUGUGGAUUAGAACUUAAUGAAGGUGUGUCCUAUGCUGGUCUUUCCAAUUUGGAUGUGUGUGCUGAAGAACUAAGAGAGACUGAAGAGAGCCAGAGACAAACCACCUUAAAUAGUCUCAGUGGUAACUUCAAAGAUAAAGAUCUUGCUGAUGCUCAGGAGAAUUCAAUACCGCUCAUGACUGAAUCUGACCAUCUUAUUUUACUUGAAGCAUCUCACAAUUCAGUGGGUGUUCCAGAAGAGGAAGGAAUUGAGAAGCUAAUUGUUGCUACAAAAUAUACUGGAGAAACACAUGAUAUUGCUCCCUGUAAUGAUGAUGGCUCUAGAAUGUUGUCAGACAACAAAGAUGAGAUCAACACAAAACCGGUGCUUGAAACACUUGAGGUAAAAACUGAUGAACAGCAGCCAGGGGAAGAUGGCUUUGUCAAACUUUCAUCAACUGAGGCAGAAAAAAAUGAUGUUUUGUCUGGAGAUGCUGAGGAAGAAACAGGCCUUGUUGGACAUGAUAAUCAAAACCUUAUUGCACUUAACACUGACAUUGAAGAGGAAGAGGAGACAGUAACUGCUGAGGCUGAAGCUCAGAUAAAAGCCAUGGAGCAGGAGGCCGCUGAAAUACAAAAGGAACAAUAUGAACAAGAUUAUUCAAAUUAUUCAAGUGACGAGGAUGAGGGAAAAUGUAGUAAGUUGAAAAUCAGCACGUCUCAGCAAUCCUCAGAACUAGUGCAGAAAAAAGAGGAUGAAACUGAUCAUGAGAACAAAGAUCCUAAUGAAGAGGAAAUUGAUAAUCAGCAUUAUUCCAGUGAAUUGGAAAAGAAGCAAGAGAUGGAUAAUGAUGAAGCUCCUAUCAGUGAUGAUGACGCAGAACAUGGGGGAAGAUACAUUUCAAACACAUUUGAUACCUCAGAAAAACGAGGAGAAACAAAUGACCUCUCUGAAAUGUUUGAUGAUGAGGAUGAUGAUGAGGAUAAGGAGGGUACGUAUGUUGUUAGAAACUCCCCACAGAGCAUUCCUGAGACAAAAGAGAAAGAUUACGAUUCAUUUCUGGAGUUAAACAAACCGGUUUUACCUGAGCUAGCUGACCAGGAAAUGGAGAUUAGACCAGGAAAUGGAGAGGUCACCAAGAAAGGGACAGAGGACAUCGCUGAGACUCAGAAGGACACAGAUGUUGUGGAGCCCAAGGAGGACUGGGAAACAGAACGGAAAGUACUGGAAGACGCAGUGACCCCAUCUCAUGAGACAGACCCAGCUGAUGACACCCCAGGGCACAUGCCAGAGGGAGAACUGAAGGACACCAUGGACCCUGAAAGCAAGACGGGUGACGAGGAAAAUUGCAGCCAACCCCAGGAGGAGGAGGACAUCAUGGACAUUCCUCUGGACGACCCUGAGGCCAACAAGGCAGCCGCCAAGAUCCAGGCCGGCUUCCGCGGUCACAUGACCAGGAAGAAGAUUAAGCCCGCAGACAAGCCUGAGGGGGAGCAGGAGGAGGAAGAGGAGGUGAGCAGCAGUGGGGAGGCACUCAACGGCAACCCGGGGGACCCAGCAUCAGGAGGAUCAGAGGGAAUAGAGAGAGAUGACACAUCGGUGCCGGAACAGUGAAGCUUCUGACCCCGAUGGAGAGAAGAUGAAGAAGCAUGGCUGUGGCUCAACCUUUUUUUUUUUUCCAGAGGAGCAACUUUUAAGUUACACAAAAAAAGCAGUGUACUCACCAGAUUUUGCAAUGCGUCAUCAGAUUUGUGAACUCAAACACUUUUCCUGCUUUCGGCACCAAUCCGUGUGGAUAAUUUUUGACCUAAAUGUGCAACUUUCACUGCAUGUACUUGUGAAACUUCUGGUGGUGUGCUAGUCUAGAAGAUUUAUGUGAAGCUGAUAAUUAAAGUUUUCUCAUGCUAAACAGGGCUAAUUUGAAUUGAAUAUGAAGGUUGUGUACAAUUAUGCAUUAUGAAUACACAUCGGCCACUGGAAUGCUUUCUGUGUUGUUUAAAGUUAUUGUAUAAUUACUGGGGCUUGUGUAGCAAGAGGCCACAGGUUCAGUCAUCCACAUAAUGUUAUGUUUAUUAGUUAUGAUUAUUAUUAUUAUUUGGACCGUGACUCCUCCCACAGCAUUUAACCUAGAGACAGCAUACGAAUCUGGUAUAGUGAGCUUCUAUUUAACUUAUUCAUAUAUUUUAUACUUUGAAAUAUCUAACAUUUCCUACACUUUUAAGGCUUUCAUUGACUUGAAUCAGAUUUCUUCAAUGUGAUUUUUUUCAUUGACUUUAAUGGUAUACUAACAGUAUCUCUUUCUCUUGAAACGUUCAAGCUUCAGAAACCGAACCAACAUAGAUUCACAUAUUUUGGCUAUCCUAUUUUAAAAUGCUUAACUGUGUGUCGCUUAUGAUAAUUUACAUUUGCAUAAUUUACCUAAAUUCACCCUAAAACAGAUCAGUUUUGUUUCACAUAUAUAGGUUUUCCCAACUAAAAAUACUUAAACAUGUAUCAACUAUGAGAGGAAACAUUUGCUUACAUUUGCAUACUUAGUGUUAGUUAACCUUAAACCAAACCAACUUUGUUUCACAUGUUGAGGCUAUCUCAGUUUAAAAUACUUUUUGAUCAUUUGUAACACUAUACAUUUGCUUGUAUUUGCAAAAUGAGUGUUAAUUAAUCCUAAAACUGCAAAACAUACAAUUCUUAAAUGUGUAUCGAUUAUGGCAAUAUUAAUUUGCAUACAUUUAAAUAGAGAUAGUUAACCCACUCACAACAAAUCUUAAUCCAUUGAAGCUAGAGUGACCAAAACUGCUUUGUUUUACAUUUUUAGGUAAUCCCAGUUAAUUUUCUUAAACACCUUCAUUGUUUAUAGUUACCUGAAUUUCCAUAAAUGUGCAUCAUUAGCAUUAAUUGAGCCUAAAACAAUAUUUACUAAAACGUUUAAUGUGUAGGGACCUGUUAGGUCAUACCAACUUAUAAUUCUCAAAUUGUUAAAAAUAAGUUCAAGCAAGCCCCAGUAUCUUUACUUAUUCAAAUCUAGUUCACAGUUUAUUAUGUCUUACGUACACUGUCGCCAAUGGAGCUAGAUACAUCUGAUGGUUAUUUUACAGCAUAUUAAUAAUAGGUUGAUUGUAAAAAAAAAAAAAAAUAUGUAUGUACAUUUACAUUUUAUGUGUUGAAGUGUUUUGCACCUUAAUGAAUAAAGGAUAUUAUUUUCCCAUAGUAGUUACCAUCACCAUUUUCUACAAAUCAGAUCUUCCAACACAGUAAGCAUGCAGUUAAAUUUACUCUAGUUUAUUUUGCACAUAGCAUUACUCAUGUACAGCUUCAUCCAUAGAGAAAAUGAGUCAUUUCCUCGUGUCCAGCAUUAUUUUUAUGGGUACAGAAUGUGUGUUUUAUAUAAACUGUUGACCUACUGUAUAUCAGGCAAAUGAAAAUGUUGUUGAAUGUUCAAACUUAAUAUCCUCCAUUAAUUCAUUGUACAAGAAUAAAAGUUGUAAAUCAUCAAUAAAUCUUAAAACAAA